UGAAGUUCGACCCCACCCAUAUGCGAGUCCAAACCAGCAAGCAAACCGGAGCGAAAUGGAAUGCAGGAAGUCUUCUUUCUAGUGCUUCUUCUCGCAUCCAUUGACAAGCCCUCCACCAGUCUUUUCCGUCCUAGCUUCCACUCCACCCACGGGGAUUACAUUUGAUUUGCUUCUCAUUCCCCGCAAAUUGAGCACAUUUCUUCAAAAAAGAUUGGAUUUUUACCUCGAAUCUCAAUCUGGGCUUCUUCCUGUGUGUGCAGAAAUAGUAAUUUUUCCUGUCUGUUUUAGCUGGAUGUUUCAAUGAGUGGCUCUCAUUUUAUUUUAAUGGCUUCCGCAAAGAUUAUUCUCAUGGGGGGCCAUUUCCCAUUUCUUGUUUCCUGGAGUUGAUGUUUCUCUCCUUGUAGCUUGUUUUCUGCAUACUGUUUUUGUUUGAGCCUGGAGAAGUGUGCUGAACUUUUGGGCCUUCAUCACUGUUCUUGGAAGGAGAUUUGUGAAUUGUGAAGACUGGGAAAUCUGAUGAGGAUGUUGGGGUCAGGAGUGAAUCUAAUUACCACAAUUAUUGGGUUUGGGAUGAGUGCAACUUUCAUCGUAUUUGUGUGUACUAGGUUGAUUUGUGGGAGGAUUCGCCGCAGGCAAAUGUUUGAGAUUGAAUCUAGGAAUAUUGAUAUUCAUCAACUGCCAGAGCACCGAGAUGAUAAUGGGCUUGACCCAGUUGUGGUUGCUGCAAUUCCCACACUGAAGUUCCACCCAGAAGCUUUUACUCCUUCUGAAGAGACACAGUGUAUCAUAUGCCUCGCGGAGUAUCAAGAGAAGGAAGAUCUAAGAAUAAUGCCGGAUUGUGGCCAUACAUUUCACCUCUCUUGCAUUGAUACAUGGCUCAAGAAACAGUCAACCUGCCCCGUUUGCCGGUUUUCUGUACAGGAAUCUUUUGAAAGAAAACAAAUGCUUGGUUUCAACCCAUCCUUUAAUAGUUCUGAGUUCUCAAUGGGGCAUUCCCGUCAAUUUCUGCUUGCUGCUGCUGCUCAGCGCUCGCUGGCUGAUGCAACAAAUGACAUUAGAGACGUUGAUGAUUCUGUUGUUGUAGACAUCGAACCUUCUGCUGGUCCUGCUGAAGCACCAUCAAGAACAUGAUCAAAGUAGAAAUUCAUCAUCUUCUGUUUUUUUCCUCGCAAUAAUUUUCUUGUUGAGAGUGUGGACUUUUGUAGCCUCAACAGCUAGCUGAGAAGUCAAAAUGGACAUAAAUUUUCUGUAAAUAUUUUCUGCUGAGUAUUAAUUAGCCCAUCUGUUUUCUUUUUGUCUCUUUACAUUUCUAGAGAGAUUACAUACUUAAGCAGCUAAG